GAAAGGAAGAGGUUCGAGAAAGCCCUCGAAGCGUUUUCGACCUCCGUUUUAUGAGGGAUUGAGCCUCGAGACGACGACGAAUUGGACAGCAUCUGAAAUUUCAACGUAAGAUAGACUAGAAAGGUCAACAAUUAGCCGCUAAUGACGGUCUCUCGUGCAACUGAGAGAGAGAGAUUUUUGUGGAUUGAUUCGUUUGAAAAGAUCAAAUUAGCUAAAAGAACCCAACUGCUAAUUUAGGGAGACUGAGAAAAACAGAACUCAUGUCAAAUUGAAAGUCUUCUUUGUCUCUCCUGUCGUGGAACUUGGAGGGAGACCAGGAGAUCCAAAACGUACAGAGAACCCAUCUUUUUUACCGGAUCGUUUAGAGGCUCUCGAGAAUUUCUGGUGACAGAAAAACAUAUAGAAGUUCCGAGGUGAUGAUCUCUUAGAUUGUCGCGAAAAGAAAGGUCGUACAGCAAGAAGAUCCAAUCUUGACUUUUCUUAUUGGGGUUUUUCCCUGAUCUCUUCCUUUUUGUGUUUUGUUUGAACAAAACAUAGUAAAGGGUUCUUAGAGAGAGAGAAGAUGUGGUUGGCUAGAAAUCAAGUAGAAAAAAGAGGAGGGAGCGGGUUGGUGGCAGUGGCAGUAGACAAAGACAGAGGCAGCCAAAAUGCUCUAAAAUGGGCUGUUGACAAUCUCCUCCAGAGAGGCCAGACCGUCAUUCUCGUCCAUGUCAAGCUCAAAUCGUCUACAUGUUCCUCCGCAGCUUCUCUUUCUUCCUCGAGGCUAAGGGCUGGUAUUGUUGAUGAGAGUUCGCCGGCAUGCUACCUCGACCUUGAUAAAAAAACCAAAGAAAUGCUCCUCCCUUUCCGUUGUUACUGCACGCGUAAAGAUAUACAUUGCAGAGAUAUCGUACUAGAAGACACAGAUGUAGCGAGAGCAUUGAUCGAAUAUACAAGUCAUUCAGCUAUUGAGAAUUUUGUUGUUGGUUCCUCGUCGAAAACUGGCUUUCUUAAAAGAUUCAAGGCAACAGAUAUUCCUGGCUAUGUAUCAAAAGGAGCACCAGAUUUUUGUAACGUAUACGUGAUAUCCAGAGGAAAGAUUCAGUCCAUGCGAUCUGCCUUGCGUGCUGCACCAUCACGGAGGACUCCGACAACCUCUCUACGUUUCCAACUUGCUAAAUAUCGAGGCAGCAUCAAAUCAGAUACACCGGAGCCACAAGUCUUCCUCCCGGCUACUUCUAUUAAUAUCUACGGAAAGCCACCAUUAAUUGAGCCAGCGCGUAGAUUUCAAGCUGAUGAGGUGGACGUAAUCAGAUCACCAUUGCCUGGGAGAUCAGGCAUAAGUGGGAAAUCAUAUGGGGAAGUCCAUUUGUCUGAUACUGAUAUAUCCUUUGUUAGCUCUGAGAGGCCCAGCGUCGACCGUAUGUUUCCUUCAUUCUAUGACCACCUGGAGAGAGACCUCAUCACCCCCUCACGGAUGUCAUGUGUCUCGGAAACAGAUGACAUCAACCAGACAUAUGAUUCAUCUGAGCAGUUCGAACGGAGCUCACUAGAUGUCGUUUCUCCACUGGAUUUGUCACCAAUCUCGCCGGAUAGUGAUAGGCUAUCAAAUGCAUCUCAGUCAGUGGAAGAAGUGGAGGCUGAAAUGAGGAGGCUGAAGUUAGAACUCAAGCAGACAAUGGAAAUGUACAGUACUGCCUGCAAAGAAGCACUCACAGCAAAACAAAUGGCAGUAGAGUUGCAGCGUUGGAAAUUAGAGGAAGAACGAAGAUUGGAAGAUGCACGAUUGGCUGAGGAAGCUGCAUUAGCUAUUGCAGCAAAGGAGAAGGCCAAGUCCAGGGCUGCCAUUGAGGCUGCUGGGGCAGCCAAGAGGAUAGCAGAACUAGAAGCGAAAAAAAGAAUCCAUGCGGAGAUGAAAGCGUUGCGAGAAACAGAAGAGAAGAAAAAGGCAUUUGAUGCUUUAGCACAAUCAGACGAUCGGUGUAGGAGGUACACAAUCGAGGAUAUCGAAAUUGCCACAGAUUUCUUUGCAAUAUCCCGCAAGAUUGGGGAAGGGGGUUAUGGACCUGUAUACAAGGGUUAUCUGGACCAUACACCUGCUGCAAUUAAGGUUCUUCGCCCAGAUGCAGCUCAAGGAAGGUCACAGUUUCAAAAAGAGGUUGAGGUAUUGAGUUGCAUACGACAUCCGAACAUGGUUCUUCUACUAGGAGCCUGCCCCGAGUAUGGUUGUUUGGUGUAUGAGUUCAUGGCUAAUGGGAGUUUGGAGGACCGCCUCUUCUGCCGGGGUAACACUCCACCUCUUUCUUGGCAGCUUAGAUUUAGAAUUGCCGCCGAAGUAGGUACUGGCUUGUUGUUCCUUCACCAGACCAAACCAGAGCCACUAGUGCACCGUGACCUGAAACCAGCCAACAUCUUACUUGAUUGCAACUAUGUUAGCAAGAUUAGUGAUGUCGGCUUGGCCAGGUUAGUACCCCCAUCUGUGGUCGAUAACGUGACACAGUAUCGAAUGACAUCCACAGCAGGCACAUUCUGCUAUAUAGAUCCAGAAUAUCAGCAAACAGGCAUGCUUGGAGUGAAGUCUGAUAUAUAUUCCCUUGGAAUCAUGUUUCUACAAAUGAUAACAGCCAGGCCGCCGAUGGGCUUGACUCACCAUGUUGAAAGGGCUAUCGAAAAAGGGACUUUUAGUCAGAUGUUGGAUCCAACCGUGCUUGAUUGGCCAAUUGAAGAGGCUUUGUGCUUUGCCAAGCUGGCACUAAAGUGUGCAGAGUUGAGGCGAAAGGAUAGACCAGAUCUUGGCAAGGAAAUCUUGCCAGAACUAAACAGAUUGAGAGAACUUGCUGAGGAAACCAUGCACCACACUUUGAUAAAUGGCAGUCCAGCCUCCUCACCAGGCCACAGCCAAGUUUCCCUGCAGCUAGAGGGGGAUCUUCCACCUGCACUUUCUGGAGAAAGUUCCAUCAUCUCCCUUACGAGUAAAGAUCAAGUUCUGAGGAAAAAAAUUGGUUUAAAAUGAUCGUGCCAACUGUUGGAGGUAAAAGCUGAUGUUCAUAGCA